AUGGACUGGGCUUCACGCUUGCAAGAGCUGCAGGCACAGUCUGUCGAGAUGCUCGAGAAGCCUUCCAAGCUCCCGUUCCUCGGACCUCGCAUAAUCGUUCCUCGGCCUUUGUCAGAAGCUACCGAGAUAUUCGAUACCGACAAUGAGGAUGACUCUGAUUCGGCUGGCUCUCCAUGGGGGACCCAAGACGACGACAGCCAGUCCACGUUAUCAAGCCAGGGAGAACUUCUCACGCCUCCAAGUUCUGGGGGGUUGGGCGGCUUCGAGUUCCACUUCGACAACAAGUCGGCGGUCGUAGGUCCCCAGGGGCCUCACCUCUUCCGCCAUACCCCAGAACUCCUCAGCAAUUCCGAUGACGACGUCUUCCUCAGUCUGGCCCCUGUUCGAGAACCAAAGAGUGCCACGAAGUCCAUCAGGGCCCUGAAUACUGCCGUUGCAGAACUCGACGAGUCUCAGGUCCGGGACUGGACUCCCCGGCAGGUUGCCGACUGGAUGGCCGAAGCCGGCUUCGAAGCUGGUGUAGUUGAAAAGUUCCUGAUCCACGACAUCUCUGGCAGCGUUCUGAUAGACCUGCAAUUUGAAGAUCUGAAGGAACUCGACAUCAGCUCAUUUGGCAAACGGCAUCGAGUCAUGAGCUCCAUCCAUCAGCUUCGCAACAGCAGCAUCAUGUCGCUUGAGUCCCUUCCGUCUCGAACACCCUCAAGACGCACCAGAAGUCCGCGCAUGCUCCAACGCACUCCUCGUUCGGAUGAGUGCCAAGUCGUGGCUGUGGAUCGGUCUCGCUCUCGCCGCCGAGCUCGUCAGCCCGACACUGUCACUCCUGCCGAGUCCGUGUCCAUUGUGGGCAUCGAGCAAGUCCUUCCCAAAGAGCACAAAUGCUCCAAGGGCGAAGACUGCCCCAAGUGGCAGAAGCAACAACGAAGGAUCCUUCGAAUGCAAAGGGCAUUUGAGGAAGAUGCCCGCCGACCGAUAUCUGAAGCACCUUCCGAAGCCCUUCCCUCCGUCGUUGGAUCGUCAGAUAUCCUUGGCCCAUCGGCUCUGAAGAUCACUGCCGAGACUUUGAGCGAACUUCAGCCCCGUGAUGCCCAGGAGGGCGUAAGACAAUUCCUGAGCUUCCAGCACGUCCAGUCUCCAUCUCAGCCAUCCAAUCCAUCCCCUCCUCCAGCGUCAUCGGCCUCCUUUGCCGCCAAGUCUGCCCAUCUUGCCGAGCACCUUCGUGAACUACCCAGGCUCACGAUCCCCGUGUGCGAAAGUCAGGAGGACAGCCCGUUAAGAACACCCAUUUCUGCUCUCCAGCAGCCCACUCAAAUACAGGCACAUCUCAAAACGCAACUGCAACGGGACCCAUAUCACUAUGGCGGCGUCGCCUCCCCAGCCGACAUUUACCGGAUUGACACUCCCAUGUCCGCCACAGAUCUACCCGUGACCGUGGUGGCCAUCGAUCCUUGUCAACGGGAUGUCUCCCAGUCAGUCCCUCCGGAGAUGCGCUACGGCGUUGCAGCCGAUACGACCAACACUGAACCCAUUCAACGUUGUAAAUCCGCUCAGCACUCCCCUCCUCCAUCGGCACCAUGCCAUUCUCGGCGGCACUUCCGACAAGUCUCCUUCACUCCAUCGGUGGCGCCGGUCAAGGAGAACGACUCUCAAGCCAUUGAGCGAGAUUCUAGGAGAGUGACCGAGUUUGACCUCGACAACCACCAGGGAUGGCUGCGCAAGCGUCGGACAACUCGCAUGUUCCGCCACGAGUGGCAGGACAAUUAUUGCACCUUGGUCGGCACUAAGCUCACUAUGCACGAGACACACUACGCCAACGCCACCCCGAUCGAGGCCAUCGAUGUGGAUGAGUAUACCCUGCACGCCUACUCCCAGGCUUCAGGUUCGAAGCUGAGCGCCGCGUUCAAGAAGAGCCUCCUUGGUCAGAACAAAAUGCCAUCCAGGGAGCAGACGUUCGCUUUUUCCCUGCUUCCCGACGAGAAACCGGCCCCGAGUCGGAAGCUCUUUGACAAGAGCAAGUCCCACCACUUUGCCGUGGACAGCUCCAAGGAGCGUGUCGAAUGGAUGAGGAAGCUGAUGCUUGCCAAGGCCAUGAAGAAGAACGACGCCCGUCCAAUUUGA